GCUCUAUUACCAACCUAAUAAUUUUCAACACUUUCUAAACGAACAUAUAAAAUCACCGAUAUAAAAACAAUAUCACAUCGAAUUCCAUCGACUAAAUUUGUACUUCAAAUAGAAGUUUCAUCGUAAAGGAUCGCUGUUCAAAUAUGAAGUCUCCAACGGUGAAACGAUAGCACGAAAUUUAAAGGGAUGAACAUUUCCACCUUGAACCAUUAAUUUUCCAUAUACGAAGAUGCCAUGAAUCACAUACGACAGAAAUGAACGAUCAUUUCCCUGUACCUUUCCCCUAUUUAUAAGUUAACCUUCGUAGUUACGAUUUCUCGAAAACCUGGCAUCUUAUUUCAAAUUUUUAAAAUGCACGCAAAUCGAAACCUCGACCAAACGAUCAAUCGCUCGCAGUUUCCAAAAUCUCCAAAUCAAAGAUUAAAUCGCCCAGGUGACUUGAAAAUCAUGCAAUUAUUAUCCGCCUACCCUGAUAAUAAGGUUAAGCUAUUAAACGGUCUCACCAUGAUUCCCAUCCCUGCAGAAGACGCAAAGGCUCUCGGUCUUCGAGUCCCAGAUUCCGACAGCUUUAAAUCAAACUCGACCUCGUUUAAAGGCCCUGCUCGCCUAUCCAGCCCCAAGUCCUCUAGAAAAAGAUCGAACGACGAUAGCAAACUCAAGAAAGACGUUAAGCGUCAUCGAAAUGCGGACGUAAAAACGUCGAAGAAGCUACCGGAUUUAAAACAAGAACAAAAGGCUCAACGAACCGCUACGUUAGAAACGCUGAGUAUUUUACACGCGAAACUGGAACGGGGACUGAAAAAUAUUUCGAACAGGACAAAAACGCGACCAAAAUUUCAUCCGGAUACUCCGAGGGACUCUGGUACCCCAACGAAUUCAAGUCCGACCACGAUACGCACAUCCGGCCGUAAAUCGAUAACCGGCGGUAAACUGAGAAAAAAAUCGUCGACCUCCCAGGGAAACAAGCCAGGCAAACUUAGGAAAGAAUCGAGCUCAAAAUCCACGAAACAAUUGUUCAGCAUGGCUGAAUCGUGGAGCAGCGACUCCGUGGUCAGUCAUUCGGAUAACUGUGCCUGCUGUCACAGCCGAGAGCCUUGCCCCUUUCACGGAAGCGACUUCUACGGAAAAUAAAACUACUCUGUUUGUUCUAUCAUCUGAGAAAUUUCCACGCUUUACUAACGAAUGCGUAAAUAAGUCGAUGUAGUUACUAGGAGAUAUACGAUGAAGUUUGAAGAAAAUCUUGUAAUUUACUAUAAACUAAAGGUUAGAGUCCGAAGUGAAAUUAAGUAACGAGUUGUGAAAUAGAUAUAAAUUUAGAUGUUUUAUUAGACUAAUUAUGCUGUCAAGUGCAAGAUGCAUUUUACGAUACGAAGUACGAUCUGCUAUGAUCGUCGGUAUAAGGAAUAAAAGUAUUUGAUAUUUUUGCAGAUAGCGAUACGAUUAUUAAUUAAAUCGCGUAGCUACCGUCGUAGUACAACUUGGAUUUAUGUUGUUGAAAGCUAGAAAUAAAAUAUGAAGACAAACUGCAUGCGUAAUACUAUCAUAGCUUCGUACAGUUAUAUGGAAGAAAAGGAAAGUUUCUUUUUUUAUGUUCCUUUCUCUAAUAUCGUUUCUAUGUGUUCAUAAAUCUUUUGGAACAACAAGAAUAUAUCACGAAUCACACAGUCACUCGUGACGCGAGUAUUUACUCGAAACUUUCUUAACUUGUACAAACGUGCCGGCAUUCUUUGCAAAUCAUCAGAUAAAAUCUGCGAUCUGCGGUCGAGAAAAGAAGAAGCAA